AUGUCCUCGACGCCAGCAGCGCCACCGCCGGCCGGGGUGACUGCCAACUUCACAAAUCCAGAGACAACACAUCGCGUCUUCGGAUUGGUAAUAACGGGGGUUGGCUUAAGCCUCAUGACUGCCAUUAUGAUCCUGCGAAUGUAUACAAAGACGGUGAUGGUCCGUCUAUUCGGGAUUGAAGAUGUUGUAGCUGGAAUCGCCUGGUUCACAUCCGCGGCGACGCAGUCUCUUUACCUGUGCAGGAAUUACUUCGAGAUCUAG